ACCAGCCGCUUCUUGUGAGCGCCGCAAACCAGGAUGUUACUAAUCGUACGCGGGUUUUAUCUUUUCGGCGGAGGUUUCAGUAUGCAGGAAGUCAGCAGACUUUGAAAGGGAGUGCCGUGUAAACAUGAUCAGCCAUUAGUUGCUGCAGAUCGGAUCGACGCUGGUCCAGAAACGGAGCUGGGUUCAAGAGUUACAAAGUAUUUACAAGGUGGAGACUCUCAAGUUGAAUGCUUAGGUCUUUGUGAAGGACAUCUGCCCUGCUAAUACUUGGAAAGAGCAAAAACAUGAAUGAUUAACAAGACUUUCCAAAACGUGCUGAUUUGAAGGCUACGGAAUCUUACGAUGGGCAUUAUGCCUUCUUGGAUUAUUAUUUCGAGGUCCACUCUUGCCACUUUGCCUGGAAGAGGACGCCUAUAUUCCAGAUACGUCCUGACUCAGAAUCAAGUAGCAUGGAAGAGUUUGUUUGCCAGAGGUCGUUCAAAUUGGUUUCUAGCGGGCUGCAGUUGCAACAUCAAUAAUACUUUUCCUCUGAGAAAAGCGUUCCGACAUACCUCCACAGAAGAAGAAGACUUCUCCUUCCAUCUGACACCGUCACAGAUCGAUGAGGUCUUAAGGGCAAGUGAGUUGUCCUACACUGUCCCUGAGUUUGAUGGGAAGAACCUCAGCUCGGUACUGAAAUUUGAGUCCAACCACUUGGGAGCCAACGUGCCCAUAGAAGACCGCCGAAGUGCUGCAACAUGUUUGCAGACAAGGGGAAUGAUGUUCGGGGUCUUUGAUGGCCAUGCUGGCUAUGCCUGUGCUCAGUCGGUUAGCGAGAGGCUGUUUUCUUACCUUGCUGUUUCUCUUCUGCCUCGGCAAACACUGGAAGAGAUUGAAUUGGCCAUGGAGUCUAUGAAGCCAGUUCUGCCCAUUCUUCAGUGGCACAAGCACCCCAAUGACAGCUUCUUCCAUGAGGUUGCUUCCCUGUACCUGGAGCAGCUCAGAGUUUAUUGGCAAGACUUACUGAACCCGUACACAGAACUUGGACUAACAAUGGAAGAAGUUUUGAUCAGUGCUUUUAAAAGGCUGGACUCAGACAUAUCAUUGGAAGUUCAGGCACCUUCAGAAAAUGAACUGCUGAAAAAUAUAGCUCUUCAGGUGGCUUUCUCGGGUGCAACUGCCUGCGUAGCUCAUGUUGAUCAGGUUCAUCUGCACGUUGCAAAUGCUGGGGACUGCAGAGUGAUCCUGGGAGUUCAAAACUCGAAUGGAACAUGGUCUGCUUUACCCCUUACACGAGAUCACAAUGCUUUCAAUGAGUCAGAAAUCUUGCGGUUAAAAAGUGAGCACCCAGCUUCUGAAGGGGACACUCUCAUUAUGAACAACAGAUUGCUGGGAGUCCUUAUGCCCUCCAGAGCUUUUGGAGACGUCAUGUUCAAGUGGAGUCAGGAGCUGCAGCAGAGUGUCCUUAAAAACCACUGCAACCUGGAGGGUUUACACAUUUAUGAGUAUGUCCCUCCAUGUUACCAUACACCCCCUUAUUUAACUGCUGAACCAGAGGUCACUUACCACAAAAUAAGGAGGCAAGAUAAAUUCUUAGUUCUUGCUUCUGAUGGCCUGUGGGACAUGUUGAGUAAUGAAGAGGUGGUCCAGCUCAUUGCAAGCCAUACAGUUGAACCUGAUGUCCAGAAAACCCAGCUUGCUUUUAAGAAACCAACCAGUCUGGGGUAUGUGCAAGACCUACUGCUUCGGAGGAAGGCCAGGACUGUCCAGCCCUGUGACCAGAACGUGGCGACCCACCUUAUCCGACAUGCCAUUGGCACUAACGACUAUGGGGAGAUAGACCAAGAAAAACUUAUGGCAAUGUUGACUCUUCCUGAUGAUUUGGCACGCAUGUAUAGGGAUGAUAUCACUGUUACAGUGAUCUAUUUUAAUUCAGAUGUAAUUGACAGAUACUACCAAGAGGAUGAAGAAGGAGCCUGAGGCUUCUGAAUUCUGAGAGUCAGUAGGGUUUAUUUCAAAUUCCUAAAAAUACUCUUGUACGGGAGCCCCUGCCCAUAAAAUCUGUGCCCUGGCUUUGGGAGACUGAGUUUAGCUCUCUCUAAGCUUCGAAUUCCUGUAAAAAUCAAUGCAUUUUUGACUUGUAAUAUUAUUUUUGGGCAAUAAUUUGAUUUUAGUGGAAUACUUGGGUUUUGUAGCAAAUCAGGUGCCUGGGAGAGGGUGGUGCUAGUUGCUUAAUGUGAAACCUAAAACAGGUAGCUAGAGAUGUGUGGACUCUGAGCAGCUUGUGAUGAUCAACAUUUCUAAAACAGAUUGGCAUGGCAAUGGUGCUCUUCGUCUAUGAGCUCUCCAAAAUUGUCAUCAGUGAAAAGGUUGAAUAAGAUGAAUUAUUUUAUGCUAGGUGCAUUUCUGAGAUCGAUUUGGGUUGCGGUGGGGUUGGGGAUUCCAAUCCAUACAACCUGAGUUGUACUGAAAUCCAGAGAAGCAGCUUCAAAGAAAAGUAUUCUGAGCCUCUCAAAGAAUUAUGGCUUGUGUCCAACAGUGACCUUCUGCCAGGAAAAUGUCCACCUGGGCUAGGUCAAAUCCCCCAGCCCCUGGAGUUCCUUAAGAUACAGCUGCUUUCAUAGGAUUGUGGAGGGUCAUUGAAACACUUCCCUGAAUGCAAAUUCAUUUCUGCAAUGCUGAAUUUUGUUUUCUGUUCCCAAGUCACCAGCAGAGAUUGCCAAGUGCUUCAUUGUAUGAUGUCAAUAGGGAAGGUUUCUUUCAGCUGUUUAAACAGUGUCCGAUGCGAUGAGCUUUCCUCCGUAGCUUUCUGCUUGAAGCCCAGCAACCCCUUUUCUUUUCUCAUCUGACGCUACAACUGUUCAUAUGCUGCAUUAAUUGCUACUUGAAUACUUGCAGAUAGUACUUCAGGGAUUUCAAACUCUUCUUGAUUGCUUCUGGUACCAUAGCAAGUCUUAUGUGAGUGCCUCUUGUUGUCUUAAAAAAAAAAAA